UUAAUCCUCUCUGUUCUUUACAGCAUUCACAGUACUGUGACCACUGACGCAAAAUGGACAGUUCACGCAAGCCGGAAAAAUUAAAUCCUCGACGUCAUGCCAAUAUAUUUUCGCAACUACUGUUUGCUUGGGCCAUACCAUUGCUAUAUAAAGGUUCUAAGCAAGGUUUAAAUACAGAUGACUUAACCAUGUGCCUACCACAAGAUUGUUCAGAAGAUUUGGGAGAUCGUUUAGAAAACAAUUGGUACAAUGAAGUGGAGCGCGCACAUCGCAAAGGACGAAAACCAUUGCUGCGCAAUGCAAUACUUCGGACUUUCUGGUUGCCCGCAGUAGUAGAUGGCAUCAUAUCGCUCAUUUACAUCAUAAUUGCAUCACUUAUACCAGCCGUGCUAGCGCAGCUACUGAUACAAUUCCAAAAACAAAAUGCGUCCACUUCAAUUCUCACGCCGAAUGGUACCACAGACACCGAAGAUGUGAUAGCAAAUGCCACAAGUCGGGCAGCGCCUUCCAUUGAGUCAGCCGCCAUCAAAAAUACUACGUCAUUGUUAACGUUGGUCACUGAUAUUGGUGUGAGUGCAGGCAGUGGCGGAGCGUCUUCAAGCACGACUGAUGUCAUCGGAAAGUCUACUACUAAUUCAUUUGUGAUUGCUGAUAAUUCAUCUACCCCAGCGGCCCAGCCUGAUUUAGCAGCUUCCGAAGAUCCGUUUUUAUUCAUCCUAAGUGAUGUUUAUUGGCUGAGCGCUAUUCUGGUCAUAUCCUCAUUCAUCGGAUGUUUCCUCAUUCAUCAUGUGGAUUUGCGGCAGAGAUUGAUGGGAGCUCGCAUGCGCAUUGCAUGCUGCUCUCUGAUCUACAGAAAGACCCUUAACCUUUCGAUGCGUUCAGCUGGACAAACGCCCACAGGCUAUCUAAUCAAUCUGCUCUCCAACGAUGUAAAUCGCCUUGAUUAUGGUUUUAUUUUCAUGCAUUGGAUUUGGAUAUUGCCUUUGCAUGCUAUGCUAAUUUGCUAUCUCAUUUGGUUGCGCAGUGGUUGGGCCGCCAUUGUGGGUGUUGUAAGCAUUCUACUUCAAACUAUUCCCAUACACACUGCCCUCAGUAAGUUGUCUUCGAAAUUACGCAUGAAAAUCGCCGAACGCACCGAUGCACGCGUUGGCAUCAUGCAUGAAUUGGUGCAAGGAAUACAGGUGAUUAAAAUGUACGCCUGGGAGAAACCCUUCCAGGCUGUGGUGGGCGAAGCACGCCGACGUGAAAUUAAACAAAUUCGUUACGCUUCCUAUUUGCGUGGCUUCUACUUGAGUACUAUGGUGUUCACUCAACGUUCCACGCUCUACAUCACCAUCGCAACAGCGGUACUAAUGGGAAAUCAAGUUUCAGCGGAUAUGGUUUUCUCAAGCGCUAGCUACUAUGACAUACUAAAAAUUGUUGCGGCCAUUUGGUAUCCGCUCGCAGUGUCACUCGGUGCUGAGGCAUUAGUAUCGCUAAAGCGUGUUGAAUCGUUCCUAUUGCAAGAGAAACACGAUGAGAAGGUACACGGGCUGACACAUAGGAAGGGCGAACCUAAAGGAGAUGAACGUGAUGCCUCCACAGCAAUUGUACUCAAACAAGUGAAUGCGAAUUGGGAUUUGGCAAAACCGCAGCUUACAUUGCAGAAUAUCAAUUUGAAGAUAGAGAGAGGACAAUUAUGCGCUGUUAUCGGGCCAGUGGGUGCGGGUAAGAGCUCAUUGUUACAACUGCUAUUGUCCGAAUUGCCGAUCAUAGAUGGCGAAGUGGUUAUACGAGGUGAACUUUCUUACGCCGCUCAAGAACCAUGGCUAUUCGCCAGUACUGUGCGCAAUAAUAUACUAUUCGGCGAAACUUACGAUCGCAAGCGCUAUCAGGAAGUGACUAGGUGUUGUGCCCUUACUAAGGAUUUCCAACAGCUAGCCAAUGGUGACAAGACGAAUGUGGGCGAACGUGGCGCAUCAUUGUCCGGUGGACAGCGUGCGCGUAUCAGCUUAGCACGUGCCGUCUACAAACCCGCUUCCAUUUAUCUUCUCGACGAUCCACUUGGUGCUGUGGAUGCGCACGUCGGGCGCCAUCUUUUCGACGAAGUCAUCGGUCCACGUGGCCGUUUGGCCUCCGAAAAAGCAACACGCGUUCUCAUUACCCAUCAAGUACACUUCCUUACCGAAGCCGAUUGGAUUGUAAUUUUGGAAAAUGGUUGCAUAUCACAUCAAGGUACCUACGAGGAGCUAUCUAACAGUGAUUUAGAUUUUGCUAAACUACUUGAGCGCAUAAAGGAGAAGGAGUGUGAAGAUGAAAACGAAUCGAUUUUGUCAUACGAUCUGAGUACCUACGAAGUUGACGACAUACCGUAUAUUGAUGGUGAGGGAGAUGGCUAUCAAUCGCUACGUCGUACCAGUGUUAAUGAUGGUUACCUAACACGAAAAUCGGUUAGUCUGGCCAUUAGUUCGGUAGCAGAUCUCUCCGAAAAUUUGGGUGGACCUGAAGAUCAGGCGAAGGGUGGAGUUUCAGGACGUGUUUGGUGGGAAUAUUUCCAUGCUGGUAGCAAUCUUUGCGGUUUGAUCUUAAUGACAAUUUUCAUGCUAAUGUCGCAGGUGGUUUGCAGUGGAUCUGAUUAUUUUGUAAAUAUUUGGACACAACAAGAAUAUUUGCGUUCGCUAAGUAAGCCAACCACGUUUACCACAUUCGAAUGUUUGUACAUAUAUGGUGUACUGAUAAUUGCUGUUAUUUUGAUGACUAUCUUCCGUGGCUACCUUUUCUUUAAAGUCUGCAUGCAUGCGUCCAAAGUGCUGCACGAUCGCAUGUUUGGCUGCAUACUGCGUGCAACAAUGCGUUUCUUUGAUACAAAUCCGUCCGGUAGCAUUCUAAAUCGCUUCUCCAAAGAUAUGGGCGCCAUUGACGAAUACCUACCAAAGGCCAUAAUGGAUUUCAUACAAGUCGCCUUAGCCAUGUUUGGCAUAUUAAUUGUGAUCACUCUAGUCAAUCCCAUACUGCUAGUGUCUACCUUCAUAAUGGCUGUGGUAGAUUACUGUGUGCUGCGGCUCUAUUUGCGGCCAUCACAAGAUCUAAAGCGCUUGGAAGGCAUAUGUCGCAGUCCCGUCUUCUCACAUCUCUCUGCUACACUAUCCGGCAUUGCGACGAUACGCGCACGUGAAUUGCAAGAUGUUGUAGCGAAGGAGUUCGACAGUCUGCAGGAUGUGCAUAGCGCAGUUUGGCAGCUAACAAUGUCCUCAAAUAUAGCGCUGGGCUUGUGGUUCGACUUGGUCAGCUGCUGCUUCCUUGCCUCUGUGACUUUCAGUUUCACACUGGGCGACAAUCGCACAUUUAGCGGCAAUGUAGGUCUAGCUAUUUCGCAAGCUACGAUACUUACCGGCAUGGUGCAAUAUGGUGUACGCCAAGUGGCCGAAUCGCUGCAACAAAUGACCAGCGUUGAGCGUGCACUACAAUAUACCGAUCUCGAACAAGAGUCUGAAAUUACAAAACUGCCGCCGAGCAAUUGGCCCACACAGGGGCAGGUUGAAUUUAAGGAUUUGUCGCUGCGUUAUGAUCCCAGCAAUCCAGCCGUGCUGAAACACUUGACUAUCACAAUCGGACCUAGCUGGAAAGUUGGUGUGGUGGGACGCACUGGCGCCGGCAAGAGUUCACUCAUUGGUGCGCUCUUUCGACUCUCACAUCUGGAGGGUGACAUUCUGGUCGAUGGCAUUGAGACGGGCAGUAUUUCACUGGAGGCGCUGCGUUCAAAGAUUUCGAUUAUACCACAAGAUCCCGUGCUGUUCUCCGCCACAAUACGUUACAAUUUGGAUCCAUUCGAUAAGUAUGGUGAUGCCGAUUUGUGGCGCGCGCUAGAAGAUGUUGAAUUGAAAGGCGUCAUACCAGGCUUGGAUUACAUGGUGAAUCAACGCGGCAGCAAUUUCAGUGUUGGCCAACGUCAGCUGCUAUGCAUGGCGCGUGCUAUAUUGCGUAACAACAAGCUGUUGGUACUGGAUGAGGCCACCGCCAACGUGGAUCCACAAACUGAUGCCCUCAUUCAAUCCACCAUUCGUACCAAAUUCAUGCACUGCACUGUGUUGACUGUAGCGCACCGCCUACGCACCGUUAUAGAUUCAGAUCGUAUACUCGUUAUGGAUGAUGGCCGUGUACGAGAAUUCGAUAUACCGCAUUUAUUGUUAAAGAAGGAAGGUGGUGCCUUACGGCAUAUAGUAGACGCUACUGGUGCCGAAGCGGAAUUGUUGAAGAAAAUUGCCAGCGAGACAUACCAUAAGAUGCAGCGUGCAUGAGUGUGUGGGUCGGGAGAGGUGGGGAGAGUAGGUUAGAGUUUGAAAAACAAUCGAAGGUACGCACGUAGGGU